AUGCCCGAUCAAACGGCGCAUAGCAAUGAGAAAUAUUUCCCAACUAUGCGAACUGCCUUCACUGCUAACCUUGCUGAGCACGAAAAACUUGUAACGAACGUUAUCUCCUCGCUUCGCCGUGGAGCGAGCGAGACGCGAGAUCGGCCGGUGAAAACUCGGCACAAAGUAAUGUUCCGACUCACGCGCGGAGUUGAUGACCGCCAGCGAAGGCCGUACAAUCGGUCAGACACCAAAUGUCACGGCCGUACGCAGCGGGCGACAGGAAAAACUGCGUCACAGAUGAAAAAACGUGACUCAGGCGCUGCGACCACCACGAGUUGA